GAAACGACGUAGUUCUGAAAUCUUUAUCAUCGUCCUCAUCAUCAUUGUUGCAAACUUGCAAUUGAAGGGCGGCUUUAACGGGUAGUUUCUUCUGGGUUUACUCAACGCUCAAAUCGACAGAUUACGAGCAAGUAAUGAACUUGAAAUUAGCAAAUCCUUUGUGGGUUCCUGUAAAAGCUUUGUUAUGCAGAACAACCAACGCCACGACGAGAAGGAGUCUUUUCACUGCCUCUGCCAUAAACAGUUUAGCCGACGAGGAUGAGGGGGUUUUGGUAGUUGUUGGUGGCGGAGCAGCUGGAGUUUAUGGAGCUAUUAGGGCUAAGACUCUCUCACCUCAACUCAGAGUUUUGGUUAUCGAGAAAGGGAGAUUUCUUUCCAAGGUGAAGAUUUCUGGCGGUGGUCGGUGCAAUGUUACAAAUGGGCAUUGCACAGAUACGAUUAGAUUGGCGGAGAACUAUCCUCGUGGUAAUAAAGAGCUUAAAGGUUCUUUCUUUUACGCACAUGGACCUGCUGAUACCGUGUCAUGGUUUUCUGAGCAUGGAGUGCCACUAAAGACUGAAGAGGAUGGAAGAGUGUUCCCUGUGAGCGAUAAUUCAUCUUCUGUUGUUGAUUGUCUCUUACACGAAGCAACUAUUAGAGGAGUUAGGCUUGAGAGAGGAAAGUCUGUGUUAAGUGCUUCUACUCAACCCGAUGGGAAGUUCCUUGUUAAAGUUGGGAAGCGAACUGCUGACGUUUCUGAAUCUAUCCAAGCUUCAUAUCUUCUUAUUGCUACUGGAAGUAGCCAACAGGGUCACUCUUUAGCCACUCAGUUUGGUCAUUCCAUUGUCGAUCCAGUACCGAGUUUAUUCACUUUUAAGAUCAAUGAUCCGUUACUUUCUGAGUUAGCAGGAAUUAGUUUCUCCAAAGUCCAAGCCAAACUGAAACUAGAGCACCCACGCUCGGAUAUGUCAAAGCUCGUGCAGGUUGGUCCAAUGCUUGUGACACAUUGGGGACUUAGUGGACCGGUUAUUCUCCGGCUCUCUGCAUGGGGUGCACGCCAUCUCUUCACUUCAGAGUACAAAGGGCUUCUUAUUGUUGACUUCAUACCGGAUAUUAACAUUGAAACUGCUAAAUCUCUACUCAAACAACACAAGCUGCAGUUUUCAAAGCAUAAGGUAUCCAAUACGUUUCCUCCUCAAUUUGGUCUUGUCAAUAGAUUCUGGAGAUACAUUCUAGACCGCGAGGGUUCUUCAAAAGACACUUUGUGGGCUUCCGUGUCAAAUAAUUCCUUGAGCUCUAUCUCUGAUCUUCUUAAACAUUGUACAUUUCAAGUCACUGGAAAGGGUCAAUACAAGGAUGAGUUUGUGACAGCAGGAGGAGUUCCUUUAUCCGAGAUUUCUUUGAAGACAAUGGAGAGCAGAUUGGUUCCUAAUCUUUUCUUUGCAGGAGAGGUACUAAAUGUAGAUGGAGUUACAGGAGGUUUCAAUUUUCAGAAUGCUUGGUCAGGUGGAUAUAUUGCAGGCACCCACAUCGGCAAAUUAGCAAGUAAUAUAAGUUCUAUAGAAAGAAAGUUAAUAGGAUUAUAGUCUUCUUAAGAGAAAACGUUUUGAUAUUUGAUUUUUCUAGUACCUAUCUAUGUAGGAUUGUAUUCAUAAUUAUCAUCAAUCUCUUUCUCUUUUUCAAAA